CAUGAACGAUAAAGUAAUUAAUACACAUUGGGAAACUGGAUGUUUUCUUUCGAAAGACCAUGGCAGUAGGAGAAGGAGAAGGAGAUCAUCACACCCCUUUGUUGCACUCAACUCUACCUUCACCUUCUUCUUCUAUUGAACCCUCGCUGAAACUUUCCUUCAAGAGAACUGGGAACAUAUGGACUGCUUUUGCACACAUAAUAACAGCAGUUAUAGGCUCUGGGGUUCUAUCCCUAGCAUGGAGCAUGGCUCAGCUAGGUUGGAUUGCAGGCCCAUUGUCUAUGCUCUUCUUUGCAUCAAUUACCCUUAUAUCUGCCUUCAUGGUCUGCAACUGCUACAGAUCUCCUGACCCUGAAAACGGCCCGGCCAGAAAUCACUCCUACCUCGAAGCUGUUCGGACAAUAUUAGGAAAGAGGAAUGCUUCGCUUUGUGGUAUUCUUCUACGACUAAGCCUGUUUGAGAGCGGAAUUGUUUUUACCAUUACAUCCGGGAUCUGCGGGAAAGCAAUUCAAAGAUCAAACUGUUACCACAAAGAAGGGCAUAAUGCUGCUUGUGAAUAUGGAAACAUUUCUUAUAUGCUUCUAUUUGGAAUUAUACAAAUUGUAAUGUCUCAUAUACCUGAUUUCCACGGCACGGAAUGGCUCUCAAUUUUUUCCGCAAUCAUGUCCUUCACUUAUUCUAUCAUCGGAUCAGCACUUGGUUUGGCAAAGGUAAUAGGGGAUGGAUAUAUAAAGGGUGACAUUGUAGGAGUCCAGACUUCUACUGCAACUCAAAAAGUACUGUUGGUUGCUCAAGCACUCGGGGACAUUGCUUUCGCCUAUCCGUUCUCCAUAAUUCUCAUUGACAUACAGAAUACUUUGAAGUCACCUCCCUCGGAAAAAGUUACCAUGAAUAAUGCUUCAAUGAUGGCGACCUGUAUGACAACCAUUUUCUACCUCCUUUGUGGAGGAUUUGGCUAUGCAGCCUUUGGGAAUUCUGCACCGGGAAACCUCUUGACGGGAUUUGGAUUCUACGAGCCAUAUUGGCUCAUUGACUUUGCUAAUAUGUGUGUUGCAGUUCAUUUAGUCGGAGCAUAUCAGGUACUCAGUCAACCACUGUUUGCAAUGGUGGAAAGAUGGGCUGCAGAGAAGUUCCCAAGCAGUGGAUUUGUAAACGAUAAUUUCAUCCUGAAACUCCCAUUAUUGCCGGCUUUUAGAUCAAAUCUAUUCAGACUGUGUUUUCGAACUGUUUAUGUUGCUUCAACAACCGUGGUUGCAGUUAUCUUCCCAUACUUCAACCAAGUGCUUGGAGUGGCGGGAACAAUGAACUUUUGGCCGUUGAUUGUAUAUUUCCCGGUGGAAAUGUACAUUGUGCAGAAAAAUAUCGGAAGGUGGACAAGAAAGUGGAUUGUUCUUCAUAUUUACAGCAGUAUUUGCUUGCUAGUGACAAUGUUCGCCUUGGUUGGAUCAAUUGAAGGACUAAUAACUACAAAGUUCAGCUAAGACAUGUUUCGUGUUCUUGAACACCACAAGAGGAGAAUUCUCAGCAUUGUAAAUUAUUCUUCAUUGUAAAUUGUUGCUAAAUGCCUUCCCUGUAUUUCUUUGGAUAUAGUUUAUAAAUAUAUUUUGCAUAUUGCAUGAGCAAUGCAUGGUGAACGAUGGGUGGUUGUUAGAGACCAACAGGAUUUAGUUUUUGCCCGAUGAAAAAAAGUUGAA